AUGCCAGGCUUAGAGAUCAAACCGCCAAUUCGCGUUCGAUCAGAGAGCUAUAAUUGUUGGCUCAGCUCCAUCAAGAAUUGCUAUGGCGCGCCUGAUGGGUCUGGUACACGAUACGAAUAUGCCUUGACCUUCCCCRCUGAAGAGAGAAUCUACGCCACUGUGCACGACGUCCCGGAUUGCAUUGCCCUCCAAGAAACUAUCGCCGAGUACGCACGUAUGAUGGAAUACGGGAAUGGAUACCGGAUAUCUGACGUGGAGAACGAAUUGACUCGUGGCGUGGCUUUCCUCGGUGAUCGAAUCACCCACCGGGUUGAAGCGGACGGAAGAUGGGGCCGUAAGAUCACGGUGCGUUUUGGUGAACGGUUGUUUGAGGGAAUGGCAUGGCUUCCGUCGUCGUACCAUCAGCUUCACGUGGACUCAGAGAUGAGGAAAAGAAGGGAAAGACCGGUAUACCUUGGCGAUCCAGAUCUGAAACGAUGUUUGGGAGUCACCGUGCAGGCGCUGGUAGGCUGUGCGGAAUAUCUUGAUGGAGAUGAGUUCCGGGAUGAAGAAGACAUGAAUAUGGAUCUGCAUGUGGAUGCUCUCAUACUGAAACUGAGAGAUGGAACUGGGCGGGACGGCAGCCGCAUGCAAAUCACAUUUCGCCUCGAUAUCGACGGGCAGCGGGAGGUCGUAAUGGAUGGUGAGAUCGAUCGGAAAACCAGAAAAGGGCGGUUUGUGAAGAGGCUUGAGCCGUUUCAGAGCGACAAGGACUAUUCGCAGGAGGAGACUUGA